AUGGGCUCAGCGUGGUCCUCACCAGCACAGAACCUCGAAGAAACAAACCACCUCUCACACCUCUUCAAACAGGACAUGGAGGACGAUAUCCAGAACGACAAAGCGCCCGAGUCCUUCCCAGAAGACUCAAACAAAAGCCAAAGUGAGGCCUCGACUGCAUCCAAAACGACAAGCACACCCUCCUCAGACCCAGACCCAGACCCAACCCCCGCCACCAUCGCCAUAAUCGGCGGCGGGAUCAUCGGCCUAAUAACCGCCCUGGGCCUGCUCGACCGCGGCAUAACCGCCACCGUCUACGAGCGCGCGCCAAAACCCACCGAGACCAGCGCGGGCUUCACAUUCAGCGCCAGCGCGCGCAAGGCAAUGUCCGCCGUGUCGCCGCGGGUUCUAUCCGCAUUCCUGCGCGUCGCGGCGCCAAACGAGCACCCGUUUAUCCGGUACUUUGAUGGGUACACCCCUGGGGAGCAUGAAGCAUGGGCGAUUCCGGCGGAGAGGCCGGAUUACUAUGGGUGUUUGCGCGCGGCGUUCCUGGAGAGUUUAGGAAAAGAAAUGCCCGAGGGCGCUGUGAGGUUUGGGAAGAGCUUGGCGGGGUAUCAAGAGAUUGAUGGGAAGGUGACGUUGGUUUUUGGGGAUGGGGGUGUGGAGGUUGUUGACGCUGUCAUCGGCUGCGACGGCAUAAAGUCACGCACGCGCCAGCUCCUCCUGGGCCAGGACCAUCCCGCCGCCCACCCCGGAUUCACAGGGGUAGUGGCGUACCGCGCGGUCCUGCCGCUCGAGGGCGUGGUGCGCGCACUUGGGAGCGACAAGGGGCUCAGCCACUGUCUGCACGUCGGCCCGGGGGCGUACACGGUGACGUACCCCGUCGCGCACAGCCCGCUGACCAACAUGAUUCUGUUCUGCAAGACAGGUAGGCCGUGGACGGACAGUACGAAACACCUGCAGCUCUGCCAGCGGUCGACGGCGCAGGAGGCGGUUCAGGACUGGAAGAGCGACGUCCGCGGCGUGGUGGACUUGCUGCCUGAGACGCCGAACAAGUGGGCUAUUUUCGACACGGCCGAGCACCCGGCGCCCAGCUAUGUUUCGGCGUCUGGACGGGUGUGUAUUGCGGGUGAUGCGGCGCACGCGAGCACGCCGUUUCUUGCGUCGGGGGCGGCGAUGGGCGUGGAGGAUGCGGCGGUGUUGGGGGGUGUGCUUGGGGCUGCGCUUGGGGCUGUGAGGGGUGGAGGGAAGGGGAUGGGGGAGGCGAUUCGGGCGGCUCUAAGGACGUAUAGUGAUGUGCGGAUGGAGCGCUCGCAGAGGGUGGUUAGGGAUUCGCGCGCUGUGGGGGAGGUCUGCAUGUGGCAGGAUCCGGAGACCGGGAGGGAUGCGAAGAAAUGCUUUGAGUAUGUUUGGACGUGUAUGACGCGUGUUUGGGAAUUUGAUAUCGUGGAGACGGUGGAGAGGGCCAGGGGGGAGUGUUUGCGUAUGCUGGGGGAGAUGGAGGAUUAG